GAGAUUUCCAUUCCCCGGUAUAUGUCGCCUUCCUGUUUGAUUGUGAGCCGAUUUCAUCCGCAGAUGGAACGCGGAAUUGUAACGCCGCAUCAGUCGUAUAACGUGGUGCGCAGCCAGUCGAUCGCCCAUGAUCCAUCCAUCCUUGAGGCUAUCGUGCGCUGGUGAAGUCCUUGUAAACAGCCAACGGCGAGCUAUGUCAUGGGUUGCACGAUGGCACUCUUGGGUGCUCUCGUAAACGCCUUCUCGUUACACUCACAGAAAGCAAGGGAUCUGGCCUCCACCGCAACAUACGAGUACGUCGUGCAAGAGAAUUUUAACAUUUAUGGCAGCGGAGGCAUCUUCGCUGGCAACGGUGCGCCACGCUCAUCGUGGCUUUCCUCGCCAUUGGAAUCGAGACUUGAUGUGCGGAGGCUCGCCGUUGGUCGCCCUGCUCGGACUCGUCGAAGAAAGCCAGCAACGGUGUGGAUGAAACCCAUUCUUUGGGAUAUAUGGGCACAAACGAAUUGGAGUAUGGGGGACCAAGGGACCAUGUGGGAAAUCGUCGUACCACUAGCAGCCGUGCCGAAAAGUAACCUUGUGGAUCCUGCCACAGUGCAAGAGUCGGGUGACAGGGAAAUGCUGCGGGCAGUGUUAUCCACAGUUAAAUGUCAUUACCCGGCGCUGUCGCCCCCUCUGCCCUUACCACCGGCAUCAAAGAAGGAACGACCGCCUCAUCUACUAAUCAAAAGGACAUCCAUACAAAUCGCCGUCACCAUUGCUAUGCCGACCUUAUCUACGUCAGUCCCGUCGAGAUAUGCCACACGUGAGCGUAUGAAUGCCAAUGAAGAACUAGUUGAAUUCUGCAUCGGUACCAUGGAAAUACCUUUGAGAAGGGUGAAGGCGCAUGCAAGACCAGGUACCGGGUGGAGGGGUACUGCUUAGUACCAUCAGUCGGCAGUUGCGACCAAAAGGAACUUCAACUUAGGUCAUUACUUCUUGCGAAACCACA